UGGGGAAGUAACUCUCACUAAAGCACCCAAAUACUUUACAAUAAUAAUUACAAGUUGCAACCGGAGUCGCAAAACAAACUUUAUAAAGUCUAUGAAAGAAUUAUCUUUGGAAGCACUGCAAAACCGAUGAAAUGAUGUUGACAAUGGUAUUAUGACAAGACCAAAGCAGAAGUAUUAUAAUCAGGAAUAAGAGAUCAGCACUGUCUAAACAUGGAGGUGAAUAUGAGCAUCACAGAGGCCAGAUCGGGUCAGAAUCAGAGUCUCCACGCUGUUAAUCCUUGGGAGCAUGACAACUGGCUCAUGACAGCACUUAGAAACAGCCUGAUUGUAGCAGAGCAAAUGGGCUUUGAGACUUUGGGAAAUGAGUCACAGUGCGCUAAGGCUCUGGCAGACCUUCCAUCUGUUCGAUUGAUAGGCCAACAAAAAGAAAUAACCUCCAAGAAGAAAGCAAUUCACAAGGCCAAGCACACCAUUGCUCAACACACCCUGGAAAAGGAAACAGCCUCAUUUACUCACCUGGAUGUUAUUGAAAAGCGAAUAAAUUUGGUGAAAGAGCUGUGUUCUGAUUUUGACUCUGUCAUAAAGAAUGCCAGUGUCCUGACGCAUCGUCUUCAGAAGCCUUUUGUUGGAGAUCACAUCAAAUUCAAAAUGGAUGCUGCCUAUCAUAAAUAUGCGAAAGAAGUUUUCUCGUUACUUGUGCCAACCCUAAAUGAUGUGAGCUCUCACUUAGAUAACAUUACCUGGGCGUCUCACAGUGACUUGUCAGCAUCACAACUGGACUUCCUGCUGGUUGAGAUGAAGAGCCUGACAGCCUCGGUGCAGACCUCAUUCAUCACGCUGUGCCAGAUGCGGAGUGGCGUAGAGAGUCUUUGUUCUGGGACUUCGUUGUCAUCGCUUGCUGGGGGGGACAAUUCUUCUCAUCUAGACGGCUCGAUGGUGCAGCAGAGACAAGAGAGAUGAGAGUCAAGUCUGAGGUCAACUGUCCAGAGCUCACUAAGUUGUAGAUGGGUACUUAAUUAUCAGUGGAGGCAGUUGAUGUGUGAAAGUCAACAGUGUUUUACUGUCUGCUGUGCUAUUUCCUUGUCUAUACAGCCACAAAGUUGUUUGACACCAAUUGGGAAAGGAUUUAUGUUGCCAAACAUGAAUAGGAUGAGACUGCAUUUCAUCGAAUGUGGGUUUUUUUGGGGGUUUUUUAAUAGUAGAGGGUUUUACGGCACUCGCAACUACUCUGGCGU